UGCGUGUGGAUAUCUCGAAGAAGUGUGUGAAGCUUUAAAAAAUUCAUAACUUGCCAGAAUCAUUCAACUGAAGGAAAGUAAUUGUGAAAAUGGCAAAGCAAAGCGAAGGACCAGGUCUUCUCAAGCAGGCUGCUAUUCAAAUCGGUGCUGGGGGUUCAGCAGGAUUUGUAGAAGUAUGCAUAAUGCAUCCCAUGGACUUAGUCAAGACGCGCUUUCAGCUACAAGUCAAACCCACUGCCGCAGACCCGACAUACUAUACUGGGAUUGUGGAUUGUAUGAAAAAAAUGUAUGUCAGCGAGGGUCUCGGUGCUUAUUGGAAGGGAAUUGUACCUCCCAUCAUUGUUGAGACACCCAAAAGAGCUGUGAAGUUUUUUACCUUCGAGCAGUACAAACAAUUCUUCUUGUUUGGGGCAAGCAGUCCGACACCAUUAACAUUUUCAUGCGCGGGAUUUUUUGCCGGGGUUACAGAAGGUGUAUUGGUGAACCCAUUCGAAGUUAUAAAGGUUCAAUUGCAAUCGAAUCGUAAAAAAAUGAAGGAAAGCCCGUCAACGCUUCUGGUUACUAAAGAAAUAAUACGAACCAAAGGCUUGGGAUUAAAUGGUCUGUAUAAAGGCCUUAGCGCAACCGUUUUGAGGAAUGCAGUUUUCAACUCCGUCUACUUUGGAUUCUAUCAUUCCGUCAAAGGCUACAUACCACUGAACAAAGAUCCUUGGCUCGAAUUCUUUACAAAGGUCGGCAUAGGAUUUACUUCCGGAACUUUAGCAUCGUGUUUAAAUAUUCCAUUCGAUGUUGCAAAGAGUCGCAUACAAGGACCACAGCCUCAACCAGAUAGAGUGAAAUACAAAGGAACCUUUAGGACUAUUGCAAUAGUGUACCGUGAAGAAGGAUUCAGAGCGCUGUAUAAAGGCCUGCUACCUAAAGUAGUGCGAUUGGGACCUGGUGGAGCUAUAAUGCUUGUAGUCUAUGAUUACAUGCAUCACUUCCUCACACACAAAUUCGCAAAUUAAAAGGAAUAUUGCUUAUGACCAAACGCAACUAAAGUUUACCAAAGAUUUCAUUGGCCACUCAAGCUUUGAGUGACUUGUUCUUUUGCCUACGAGAAUCAUGUAGAUUAAAUUAUUUCGUAUAGUAGAAUUAAUUCAAUUUAUUCUAGUUGAGCUGGAUGAUAGAUAACUGAUUUCUAGACCUGUGAUUUAACUGCCGCAUUUUCAUUAAACAUACUGUAACGUUACAUAGAAUAUAUCUGCUUUUAAUGUUUUGAAA